AGAAGAAGGGGCAGAUGUUAACGUGCAUGCUGAUGACUGCAGGAUAUUUGAUUCGAGAGCACGACAAUUAAUAAACAGUCUGUGUUUACAUCCUAACGUUAUCUAGGUAGUGUAUAUUUGAAGCAGUAAAAGAGCUACGCACACGCCUGCACAUUUGAAGAUGUCUGUAACGGAGAUGUUUAGCUUUAUCCAAGGAUUUUUGAGUGCCGAUCAAGAUAUUCGAGAGGACAUAAGAAAAGUCGUCCAAGUUCUGGAACAGACAGCGAGAGAGAUCCUCACCGUUCUUCAAAGUGUCCAUCAACCAUGUGGUUUCAAAGACAUUCCCAGCAAGUGUCUAAAGGCCAGAGAGCUGUUCUGCACUGUAAGAAACCACACUGGAGAGCUGAAAACUAAGUUCCCUGUUGAACAGUACUAUCGGUAUCAUGAACACUGGAGAUUUGUUCUUCAACGACUUGUCUUCCUUGCGGCUUUUGUGGUAUACCUGGAAAGCCAGUCCUUGGUUACACGUGAGGAAGUGGCUAAAAUACUUGGCAUUGAGGUCGACAGAGAAAAAGGGUUUCAUUUGGAUGUGGAAGACUAUCUAGCAGGAGUUCUUAUUUUGGCCAGUGAGCUGUCCAGGCUGGCAGUAAACAGCGUGACCGCAGGGGACUAUGGACGACCGCUUAGGAUCUCAAACUUCAUCAAUGAACUUGACUCUGGCUUUCGGUUGCUCAACUUAAAAAACGACCCUCUUCGCAAGCGCUACGAUGGCCUCAAGUACGAUCUGAAGAAGAUUGAGGAGGUGGUAUAUGAUCUUUCCAUCCGAGGCCUUACCAAGGAGCAGGAGGCUGGAGGAGAUAAGUAGAGGCGGCGUGGAAACACAAGAGGCCGCGGGGCACUACCCUGGCUGGGAUUCUGCAUGACUGCAAGAGUGGUUAAACCUGUCAGCGAGCAGGUGGUCGGGGGAAGAGGGGAAGGGAUGGAGGUUUUGAAGCCCCAGCAGCCUUGGCCGGUGUCUUUUAAACCACCUGCCCACCAUGACAGAGAUCAGUUCAGGUUUUAGUGGGGAGAUCUUCUCUUUCUCACUUUUGUUGAGAGAUGCUUAUGUACAGAUGCAUUUGUUUGCCCGUUUUUUUAACUGGAUGCUUUUUUAUUAUUAUUGAUGUUUUUGUCUCGGCUGUCUCUCUUGUGAAUCAUUGUACAGUCAAACAAGAAGGAAGAAAACAUUGUUGGGUGUUUUCAUAAAACAUAUUUAAGAAUGCUGUUAAAAACAAACGUUCUGUGUCUGUUUAGUAGCUUGUUCAGUCGAGACAUCAAGAUGUUUUCUUGAUGUUGAAUACGUAAAUAUUGCAUUUGACAUAACCUUGACUGUAACUGUAGGAUGAGUAAAUGAUGACAGAAUGUUCAUUUUUGGAUAAAUACAUGAGAUCAAAGUGAUUUCUUGCUUCGCAUAUUUGCUGGUUUAUCACUUUUUGGUUCAUGUUUUUUUCCUUUUGUUCUGGAUCUUAUGUUGUUGCAUGCUGAACUGUUGAACUCUUCCUGCAGAUAGUGUCCUAUCUGGAAGAACUUUGGAAAAAUAAUGCUUUGUGUUCUUGGUUUCUCCCUGAAGACCAAUUUCUCAGAGAGAUUUCUUAAACUUUUUUUUUUAGUAUUUGCAUUUGAAAUGCCUGUGUUUAUGUGGCAUUUGCUUGUUCAGUAAUGUUAUGUAAUAAAGAUUACACAUUGGGAAUAA